AUGUCCGCGCCCUUCAAGGACACGGCAGAUGCCCAUGGCCUGAGCGAGCUCAUCACUCAGGUGCUGUAUGGGAAGGUAGUGCCGGGCAUGUGCAUCACGAUGAUUUUUGGCAACUUCUACUACGCCUGGAUGGCCGUCCGGUUGAUGAGAAAAGACAAGGGCAAACAUGUUUGCACCUUGCCAUACGGCCUCUUGGCUGCUUCGGUGUGA